AUGGCGCGGCGGGUCAGGCUGCACAGCCCCUCACACCCGGACCUGCUGCUGCACCGGGCCAGUGAGCUGAGGCAUGCGCGGGCCCUGUGCGACGUGUUGGUGCGUGUGGGCCAGCGGGACUUCCCGGCCCACAGCUUGGUGCUGGCCUGCGCCAGCCGCACCCUGGCCCGGCUCCUCCUGCCACAGGGCCCCAGCAAGCUCUGCAGCCUGGACUUCCUUGCGCCUGCCACCUUCAAGCACGUCCUGGACUUUGCCUACACCGGCAGCCUUGAGGUGGCUCCUGAGGAGCUCGCCAGCCUCUUGGCCACUGCCCGGGACCUGGAGAUGGAGGAGCUGGAGCAGGUGUGCCUUAGGGCGCUGGGGACUAGAGACCCCGAUGGGACUGGCAUUGGCGACAGGGCUGGUGGCCAUGAUUCAGUUGGCGUUGGGGACAGGACUGGUGGCCAUGAUGGGCUUGCCAUUGGCGACAAGACUGGUGGUCAUGGUGGAAUUGGCCACAGGACUGGUGGCCAUGACGGGGUUGACAUUGGCGACAGGAUUGGUGGCCAUGACGGAGUUGCCAUUGGUGACAGGGCUGAUGGCCCUGACGAAGUGGGCAUUGGCAACAGGACUGGCGGCCAUGAUGGAGUUGGCAUUGGUGAUUGGGCUGGUGGCCAUGACAGGGUUGCCAUUGGCGAUGGUGCUGGUGACCAUGAUGGAGUUGUCAUUGGUGACAGGGCUGGCAGCCAUGACGGGGUUGGCGCCCAAGACGCAAAGAAGGAGACAGCGGAUGGGAUGUCCCAGAUGAAGUCGCCAGGCAACCAUGACCUAGUUUUAUUAGCCAAUGGGCCCUGCCUGGCCCUGGGUAGGCCAGACAGUAAGGGGAGCCAAAUCCAAGAUGGCAGCUUGGCACCCAGUUGGGUCCUGUUUGAACAGUCCUCCCUCAAGCCACGGGAAAGCGUCAUCACAGCUACGGCCCGGCCACUGCCUCAGGAGCACCGCGCCCAUCCCUGGCCGCCAGAGGCGCUCUGGGGGCCAGAGGGGGUGGUUGCUGGCUACCAGCCCUGCCCGCCAUUGCUCAGCUACCAGCUGCAGUCGCUGCCUUCGCCUUUGGGCAACCUGGGGCCUGGGCACAUGGCCCUCUCCGCAUCGGUGGGUUUCCAUGGCUACGUCCAACCCUUCCCCUGCGGGCUGGAGAUGGGGAAGCCGGGCACCCCCAGUGGGAUCACGGGCAGAGAGAAGCAACUGGAAGACCAGAGGCUUCUGGCGCUUCCGGCCAAGAGCUCGGGGUACGACCUCUGCCCCCAGCGGGGCCCAGAUGCCCAGCGCCUCCCACUGCUCUGCCACCCACGGCCCCAGUCGCUCCCACUCUCCUGUUUCCGGGCCCAGCGGAGCUGUGACAAGGACUUGCUGCCUCUGAGCACAGCGCCCCCUGGAGAGCCAGCCACAGCGGCGUCAACCACACUGUACUUGAUGUACGGCCCACGGUGCCCCCCACGGGCCUUGCCGGCUGGCGCCUGGAGCUACAUCUGCCAGCUGUGCCAGCGGCGGUUCCCCAGCCAGACGGCGCUGCGCAGACACAGCCGCAGCCACAUGGGCCAGCGGCUGUUGGAGCGGGAGUUCUGUGCCCGUGGGUUCCAGGCCGAGGCCAGGCUGCAGGGGCCCCGGCGGGCAUCCCCAGGCGAGAAGCCCUACGAGUGCGGCGAGUGCAGCAAGCGCUUCACCCUCAAGCACCAGAUGGAGACGCACUAUCGGGUGCACACUGGCGAGAAGCCGUUCCAGUGCAAGCUCUGCCCCCAGCGCUCCCGCGACUACUCCGCCAUGAUCAAGCACCUGCGGACCCAUGGUGGCGCCGCCCCUUAUCGCUGCACCCUAUGCUGCCAAUUCUGCCCCAGCCUGGCCGCCAUGCAGAAGCACAUGAAGGGCCAUUGUCCCGAGGAGCUGCCCUCGGACUGGACGAUAGAGACCACCUAUCUCUACUCCUCCUCCACCUCCUCCUGA